AGCAACACCAGCGCCACCAGCACUUCCACUCUUAGCAGCACCAGCGCCACCAGCAGCACCACUGUGACCAGCACGUCGGUGAGCAGCACCACUGGCAGCAGCACCAGCGCCACCAGCAGCACUACUGUGACAACCACGCGCAGCAGCACCAGCGCCACCAGCACUUCCACUCUUAGCAGCACCAGCGCCACCAGCAGCACCACUGUGACCAGCACGUCGAGGAGCAGCACGACAGGGACCAGCACAUCCACGCUGUUCAGUACGACCGAGACCAGUACCGCGUCGCAGACGACCACAAGUGAAACAAGCAGCACGACGAGAACCACGUCGACGAGCAGCGCGACAGGGACGAGCACCUCCACGCUGAGCAGUACGACCGAGACCAGUACCACGUCGCAGACCAGCACGUCGGUGAGCAACACCAGCGCCACCAGCACUUCCACUCUUACCAGCACCAGCGCCACCAGCAGCACCAUUGUGACCAGCACGUCAGUGAGCAGCACGACCCGCAGCAGCACCACUGCUAGCAGCACCACUCGCAGCAGCACCAGCGCCACCAGCAGCAUGACGCUGACAACCGUGUCGGGAACUAGCAGCACCACUGACAGCAGCACCAGUGCCACCAGUAGCACUACUCACCUCCACUCGCAGCAGCACCAGCGCCACCAGCAGCACCACUAUGACCAGCACGUCGGUAAGCAGCACAACCCGCAGCAGCACCACUGCUAGCAGCACCACUCGCAGCAGCACCAGCGCCACCAGCAGCAUGACUCUGACAACCACGUCGGGAACUAGCAGCACCACUGGCAGCAGCACCAGUGCCACCAGUAGCACUACUGUGACCACCACUCGCAGCAGCACCAGCGCCACCAGCACCUCCACUCGCAGCAGCACCAGCGCCACCAGCAGCACCACUAUGACCAGCACGUCGGUAAGCAGCACAACCCGCAGCAGCACCACUGCUAGCAGCACCACUCGCAGCAGCACCAGCGCCACCAGCAGCAUGACUCUGACAACCACGUCGGGAACUAGCAGCACCACUGGCAGCAGCACCAGUGCCACCAGUAGCACUACUGUGACCACCACUCGCAGCAGCACCAGCGCCACCAGCACCUCCACUCGCAGCAGCACCAGCUCCACCAGCAGCACCACUAUGACCAGCACGUCGGUAAGCAGCACAACCCGCAGCAGCACCACUGCUAGCAGCACCACUGGCAGCAGUACCAGCGCCACCAGCAGCAUGACUCUGACAGCCACGUCGGGAACUAGCAGCACCACUGGCAGCAGCACCAGCGCCACCAGUAGCUCUACUGUUACCUCCACUCGCAGCAGCACCAGCGCCACCAGCACUUCCACUCGCAGCAGCACCAGCGCCACCAGCAGCACUACUGUGACCAGCACGUCGGUAAGCAGCACAACCCGCAGCAGCACCACUGCUAGCAGCACCACUGGCAGCAGUACCAGCGACACCAGCAGCACCACUGUCACCACCACAGCAACGAGCUCUACGGAAGCUCGUCCGCUGGCGCCCGUGACCGUUUCGGGCGCCCUCAGUGUGUCUGGCAUCGACUACGCAGUCCUCGUUGGAAACGAGACGCUCCGUGCAGAAUUUGAGCAGGUUGUGAAGCAGGGCGUCGCGCAGGAGGCCGGGAACGGCGUCACCGCCGACGACGUCGACGUGACGCUCUCUGCGGGCAGCGUGGUCGUGGAGUUCACGGUGCGGGUCCCGAACAGCGCCAGCACAGGCGCGGUGGCAACCAUGUUGGCCAGCAGCCCCCUGGCAAGCACGGUGGUCAGCUUGAUCAAGGAGAGCGAGGUGGCAGCCGUCGCUUCCACAGGCGACAUCGGCGUUAUCUUCACCGGUGUCGAUGGUGCGCCCGUGACCACCACUGCUGCGCCCCCAGAGGCAGCCUACCCGGACGGCAUCUCCGACUCCCUGAUCGUGGUCUUCGUGUCAUUCGGAGUGUUGAUCCCCGUUGGAGGGGUCACCUCGGCCGCGGUCCUGGCUCAUCGGAGGGGGUAUCGGAGGGGCUAUGACGUUGCGGCGCUCGAGCAUAAGAGCGAGCAGGCCGAGGGAGCCCGGGCCACUGGAGCGGCUGGGCCACGUGAUGGCAUGGGCGGAAAACCGCAGCCGAUCGACAGCGUGUACGACGGAGAGCUGCGGCAGCCGCGCGUGCAGUUGGUGCCGGCUCUCCACGCCGCCAACAGCACCCGCGCCGCCAGCGAGAUCGUGUUGGAGUUCGGGUCCAGCGGCGGCCCGCCCAUCCGCUGGCGCUACCGCCUCGAGGGCGGCCCUCACGACCCGCAGCCCAGCUCGCCCUUGGCGGGCCUCGCCGACGCCGGCGUCAGCCCUGGGCAACACGCCUCGGGCGCGGCCGCGGGUAGCGCCCCCAGGGCCGGCGCGGCGCAGGCCAUCGAGGACGAGGGCGCCGCCGAGGGGGAGUCCUUGUGCGGGCAGCUGCGGGCGGCCACGGCGCAGCGGGGGG